AGAUUUGUUAAACACACUCGUUCAAGCUGUCGGUAAAAAUGCGUGCAAAAUCCAUUAUUUUUUACCUAACAUGUAUUUUUAUUACAAUAGAUGUAGAAAAUGUUUCUUGCAAAGCGACAAUAAAAAUCAUUGGUGGACAUCCUAUUAGUAUAAGACAACGACCAUUCAUGCUUUCUUUGCACAAUUCUGACGGAUUUAUAUGUGGAGCUAGUAUUUUGUCCAAAAAUUGGGGUAUCACUGCUCUUCAUUGUUUACUUCCAGAUAGAGAAACAAAUUAUUUCGUGAGAGCUGGCUCGAACAAGCUUUACCAAGGAGGAUCGUUGCAUAAAUUAACAAAGAUAUACAUGUAUAACAAUACAAUGUUCCAAUAUUGGUUCUCGAGUAUACUGUACCACGAUAUAGCGUUGUUCGAGGUACGACCUCGCUUUCGAUUCUCGAGUACUGUUCGAGCUGUUCGAUUGCCCACCGAAUUCAGCAAACCACCUCAGCAACUGUGUGUUUGCGGUUGGGGUUAUACCAGUGUCCAAAGUAACGCGAAAAUUAGCGAUGUGUUGAUGGGAGUCUGCAUUCGCCACACACCGUACGAGACAUGCAUAGAGGAAACUCCAGAAUAUAGAAUGCUCGUUAAGAAGGAUUAUCAUCUUUGUUACGGAGCGAGUGGGAAGGAUUCUUGUUACGGUGAUUCGGGAGGCCCAUUGGCAAGUAAAAACACCAUUUACGGUAUCGUCUCUUUCGGUCAAAAUUGCGCUAUAGUGUCAGGGGUGUACACAAAAGUCUCUUACUACAGACGAUGGAUCAAGCAAAUCACGAACCUGUGAUCGAGUAUCAGUAAAACUGAUCGAGAUAUUAAGUUUUUGUUACCGAAAAAAAAUUCGAACUCGAUAAAAUCGAUAACCAUUUGUUGUUUUGUAUAACGAAAUAACAAUAACGUACGAUGUAUAAUAAAGCAUGAUGCGAAAAAAAAAA